GUCCAUCGGCCAGGUAUUCACCAAAAAAAAUGGCUUUGAUAUCUUCCCCGACAUCCCUUACAACAUUCUCUCAGCCCCAUGCUUCAAGCUCUAAAAACCCUCAUGUUAGGUUAAACCCUGUCGUCGGGGACAAGAAGUCCGCGGUCGUUGCUGUCCAAGGUGAUGGUGUUUGGACGUAUGAUCUGACGACUCUUCGAGCAACUACGUCCUUUACUGUCCCUCCCUCGACUGUUUUUACCAGCUCACCCGUCAGUUUUUGGACUACCAAGACUGUUUCGGCUCCUCAAGCGAAUGAUCAAGGCGGGGAAGAUGAAGGGAUGGAUGUUGAUCAAUACGAAGGAUUGGAUGGACCCAAGGAGACACAGAUAGAAAUCAAAGAGAGAGUCACUGCCGUUGGUGCCGGUAAAGAAGUGUGGUUAUGGAAAGGGGAAGAGGGAGAAAAGGAGGUUAUCCGGAUAAAGAGCCAAAUAAGUGCCAUACAUCAUCUUCCGUCCCCAGCGACUCCCCUGUUGCUCAUCUCUUCCUCCUCCCAAUUCUAUCUUCUCGACUCUAAAUUACAAUCCCAUUCUAUCUCCACCGCCUCUUUAAAAUCAUCUGAGCUGCUUGCUUCCCGAGUCAUCCUCCAAGAAACCAAACAAUCUGUUAGGGUUAUCGUUGUGGACAGAACAGGACGGAUCGAAGUGACCAAGAUUUGGAUCGAGGAUAGGCGGCUGGAGAGGAUAUUAGAAGGGAAGGUUGGUAACGGCAAGUUGGUGGCUGGGGAUGUCAGCGAUGACGGCGUCAUUACUGUGCUCGAUGAACAACAUAAUCUCUACACCACCUCUGCUCGAACUCUCUCAACACCCUCUUCCCCUGUUCGUCUCCUUCACCCUUCCUCCGCGCCUCUUCUUCUCUCUCUCCCUUCACCUACCCUUCCCCUCGUCCUUCUUCCCACUCCCCAUCCAUCCCCUUCCCUUCUUCUCGCCAUUCCUGCUUCCAACUUGCCCACAAUCCUCACCACUACCCCGCUUUCUUCAUUCACCUCUUCUGGCACAAUUUCUGCUCUAUCUAUCCUUUCCGUUCGCUCUGGGGUGUACACAAUCGGUGUCGUCCUCUCUCAUAAACACAGUGAAGGAGAAGGGUCUAGCGGUAGGAGUGUGCUUUACACAUGUGAAGUAGCUUUACCUGAACGUGGCGUCGGGAUGGGAUCGCUUCUUGGCAGUAAGGCAAGGACAGGAGAGUAUCUGGAGGUUGAGGGAACGGAGAAGAAGCAAGGAAAGACGGAAUUGGAGAAGAAGCAAGACAAGGUCCUUGAAGGACUGGAAAAGGCUUUGAAGAGCAAGGACGUGACUGGAGCUCAGAAAACUUGGAGAGACUGGGUUGCUAAGGAAUCUGAUACCGCAGAAGGCGUCUUCAGUGACAGAUUCGUCAGGAAAGUGGUCCGCGCCGUGUUUGGGGCGGCGCUAAACGAAGACAGCAAGCCAAAAGGUGUCUAUGCCGGUGAAAUUUUGAAGGACCUUGUAAGCAGAAGGGUUGUGAGUGAUGGCAUGUGGAAGGAAGGUGUCGUCGUGGACGGGUUAUUACCGCUUGGCGAUUGGGAAAAUAUUACGCUUGCCCUCCAAAAUAUCCCCACUAUCCCGUCAUCAACGAUCAUUAUACUUCUCCAAAAAUCUGCUCAAUCAUCAAACGCUUCAUCUGUCCCCUCUCUGACCGCUCUUCUUCAGAUAAUUCUGGCUCUUCCCCCUCCUGGUCCUUCCUACCGAUUGGACUUGUAUAAGACUCUCUCAGUGGAAGAUGCUGCCGCCAUGUUAAAGGUCCUCGUUCAGUGGAUGGAAGACUACGUUGAGACUUUGUCCGAGGGAUUAAAAGGCUGGGAUGAGUCUGUGUCCCAGGAGAAAGAAGACAAUCUUCCAUCUCUACAAUCUCUUGUCACGCAUACCUCUCUUAUUUUAGACGCUCACCUUCCUUCCUUCAUUUCACACUCCGCUUCCCACGAUAUUCUUUCCAGGGCACAAGCGUCACUGGAGCCGCUUUUAGCCGUUCAAAACGAAUACCGUCAGCUGAGGGGCCCUGUGGAGGCAUUGUUAACUCUUGCGAGGAGGGAAGCGAAGAAAGCAGAAGAGAGAGCAGCGAAGAAGGGUGGGAAAAAGAAGGGAAAGAAGGACGAGAACGGGAGGUUGCCAGAAGAAGUCGUCGGCAAGUGGAAGGUGGAGGAUCUUGCGUUUUAGGUUGGUGUCAUCGGGUUAUUUACAUGCAUUAUUAUGGAA